AUGCCCCUCGAUAUUGUUUCCGACGAUGACGUCGAUUUGUUUGAGGAGGACCCACUUGAGGAUGACCUUGAGGAGGAUCCUGUUGUUGCACCAUUUCCUGAUCCUAUGCCGGUGAUGUUCGACCGUGCACCUUUUGCGGCCCAUAUGGAUCCACGAUACGCUCACACCCGCAACGGGUGGAUAGAUGAUGACGAUGAUUACCCACCUUUCGUGAUACCAGUUACACCACCUGUAGCCCCCGUUUCAGCCCCUGUUUCAGCUCCCAUUGAUGUUCCUUUGCUUCCCACACACACCACAGAUGCUCGCUGCACUGACUUACCUAUCACGUUUCUUCAGGACAUACCUCCACCACGUCCUGGGGAGGGUUCAGCACGACAGUCGUUUGGUCAUACACCCUUCGUGUCAGGAGGAGAUCAGUUUGUACCUCAGAUUUCUCAUCCUACUGUUGUUCCCACUGUUGCACCAUUUACUGUACCAUCCUUCACCCCAUCUAGCGAGCCAUUCCUAUGGACUACGCCCCCCAUUAUGCCACCAUCUGAUCCGUAUCACCCGUACCACAUACGGUAUUCUACGGAGGAUAUUCUCACAUCUUUCAUGAUACAGUAG